AUGGGGAUGAAAAGCCAGGAAUGCGGAGGCCGACUUCUGCUCAGCCCUGCUCCCGUGGAUAGAGAGGCUGGAGCCCAGGGCAUCAGCCACAGUGUGGCCCUGGUUACGCCUCCUCUGGCUCAGUCACACAGCUACCUGGUAGGUGACUGGAGGUGUAUAGUUGUCCUCGCCUGGAUUGUGCUGAUGUGGCCCCAACCCCACCACCCUACCCAUCCCAUGAUGUCCGAAGAAACCCCACAGAUCAAAUUGGCCAAGGCCAAGGAAAAGUUGAGAGACUCUCAUCCCCAGGCCAACCCUCGUGUUGGUACAGGAGCAAGCGACACCAAAAAGAAGAACAUAAAUAAUGGCACUAACCCUGAGACAACCACUUCUGGUGGUUGCCACUCACCUGAGGAUGAAACGAAGGCAAGCCACCAACAUCAGGAUGCCCUAAGGAGGGAGCUAGAGGCCCAGGUUCAUACCACACAAAUCCUUACAUUUCAGAAAACGGAGCUUCAGACGGCACUCUAUUACAGCCAGCAUGCUGUCCGGCAGUUGCAAGGAGAGACCAGGGAUCUGGUGUGCCGCCUCCAUGAAUCAUGGAAGUUUUCCAGAGAAUUAGAGUGGGCCCUCUCUGCUAUCACUACACAGAAGAGGAAGGCAGACAGGUACAUCGAGGAGUUAACGAAGGAGAGGGACGCACUGAGUCUGGAACUGUACAGGAACACCAUAAUCGAUGAGGAGCUGAAGCAGAAAAAUAUCAAAUUAGAAGAAAAACUUCGACUUCAAGAGACUCAAAAGUCUGAGAUCCAGCUCAACGUAAAGGAGCUAGAAAGGAAGCUGGAGAGGGCCAAGCUCCUGCUGCCACAGCAGCAGCUGCAGGAGGAGGCUGACCACCUGGGUAAGGAGCUUCAGAGUGUGUCAGCAAAGCUCCAAGCCCAGGUGGAAGAGAACAAGUUGUGGAACCGCCUGUACCAGCAACAGGAAGAGAAGAUGUGGAGGCAGGAGGAGAAGAUACAGGAGCAGGAGAAGAAGAUACGGGAGCAGGAGGAGAAGAUACGGGAGCAGGAGGAGAAGAUACAUGAGCAGGAAGAGAAGAUACGGGAGCAGGAAAAGAAGAGGCAGGAGCAGGAAGAGAAGAUGUGGAGGCAGGAGGAGAAGAUACAGGAGCAGGAGCAGAAGAUACGGGAGCAGGAAGAGAAGAUGUGGAGGCAGGAGGAGAAGAUUUGGAGGCAGGAGGAGAAGAUGCACGAGCAGGAGGAGAAGAUACAGGAGCAGGAGAAGAAGAGGCAGGAGCAGGAAGAGAAGAUGUGGGAGCAGGAGGAGAAGAUUUGGAGGCAGGAGGAGAAGAUGCAUGAGCAGGAGGAGAAGAUACAGGAGAAGGAGGAGAAGAGGCGGGAGCAGGAGGAGAAGAUGUGGAGGCAGGAGGAGAAGAUACAGCAGCAGGAGAAGAAGAUACGGGAGCAGGAGGAGAAGAUACAGGAGCAGGAGCAGAUGUGGAGGCAGGAGAAGAUACAGGAGCAGGAGGAGAAUAUGCACAAUCAGGAGGAGAAGAUACAGGAGCAGGAGGAGAAGAUACAUGAGCAGGAGGAGAAUAUGCGAGAGCAGGAAAAGAAGAGGCAGGAGCAGGAGGAGAAGAUGCGGAGGCAGGAGGAGAAGAUACAGGAGCAGGAGGAGAAGAUACACGAGCAGGAGGAGAAUAUACGAGAGCAGGAGAAGAAGAGGCAGGAGCAGGAGGAGAAGAUGCAGAGGCAGGAGGAGAAGAUACAGGAGCAGGAGGAGAAGAUACACGAGCAGGAGGAGAAUAUACGAGAGCAGGAGAAGAAGAGGCAGGAGGGAGAGAAGAUGCGGAGGCAGGAGGAGAAAAUGUGGAGCCAGGAGGAGAAGAUACGGGAGCAGGAGGAGAAGAUACGGGAGCAGGAGCAGAAGAUAUGGAGGCAGGAGGAGAAGAUAUGGGAGCAGAAGGAGACGAUGCGGGAGCAGGAUGAGAUGAUGCGGGAGCAGGAGGAGAAGAUGUGUGAGCAGGAGGAGAAGCUGUUGGAGGAGGAGAAGAUGUGUGAGCAGGAGGAGAAGCUGUGGGAGAAGGAGAAGAAGAUGCGGGAGCAGGAGGAGAAGAUGUGGAGGCAGGAGAAGAAGCUACGGGAGCAGGAAGAGAAGAUGUGGAGGCAGGAGGAGAAGAUACGGGAGCAGGAGAAGAAGAUCUGGGAGAAGGAGGAGAUGAUGCAGGAGCAGGAGGAGAUGUGGAGGCAGGAAAAGAUACAGGAGCAGGAGGAGAAUAUGCACAAUCAGGAGGAGAAGAUACGGGAGCAGGAGGAGAAGAUACACGAGCAGGAGGAGAAUAUACGAGAGCAGGAGAAGAAGAGGCAGGAGCAGGAGGGGAAGAUGCAGAGGCAGGAGGAGAAGAUACAGGAGCAGGAGGAGAAGAUACGGGAGCAGGAGGAGAAGAUACACGAGCAGGAGGAGAAUAUACGAGAGCAGGAGAAGAAGAGGCAGGAGCAGGAGGGGAAGAUGCGGAGGCAGGAGGAGACGGUACAGGAGCAGGAUGAGAAGAUACGGGAGCAGGAGGAGAAGAUACAGGAGCAGGAGCAGAAGAUACGGGAGCAGGAGGAGAAGAUACAGGAGCAGGAGGAGAUGUGGAGGCAGGAGGAGAAGAUACAGGAGCAGGAGGAGAAUAUACACAAUCAGGAGGAGAAGGUAAGGGAGCAGGAGGAGAAGAUACACGAGCAGGAGGAGAAUAUACGAGAGCAGGAAAAGAAGAGGCAUGAGCAGGAGGAGAGGAUGCGGAGGCAGGAGGAGAAAAUGUGGAGCCAGGAGGAGAAGAUACGGGAGCAGGAGGAGAAGAUACGGGAGCAGGAGCAGAAGAUACGGGAGCAGGAGGAGAAGAUACAGGAGCAGGAGGAGAUGUGGAGGCAGGAGGAGAAGAUACAGGAGCAGGAGGAGAAUAUGCACAAUCAGGAGGAGAAGAUACAGGAGCAGGAGGAAAAGAUACACGAGCAGGAGGAGAAUAUACGAGAGCAGGAGAAGAAGAGGCAGGAGCAGGAGGAGAAGAUGCGGAGGCAGGAGGAGAAAAUGAUGUGGAGGCAGGAGAAGAAGCUACGGGAGCAGGAAGAAAAGAUGUGGAGGCAGGAGGAGAAGAUACAGGAGCAGGAGAAGAAGAUCUGGGAGAAGGAGGAGAUGAUGCAGGAGCAGGAGGAGAUGUGGAGGCAGGAAAAGAUACAGGAGCAGGAGGAGAAUAUGCACAAUCAGGAGGAGAAGAUACGGGAGCAGGAGGAGAAGAUACACGAGCAGGAGGAGAAUAUACGAGAGCAGGAGAAGAAGAGGCAGGAGCAGGAGGGGAAGAUGCAGAGGCAGGAGGAGAAGAUACAGGAGCAGGAGGAGAAGAUACGGGAGCAGGAGGAGAAGAUACAGGAGCAGGAGCAGAAGAUACGGGAGCAGGAGGAGAAGAUACAGGAGCAGGAGGAGAUGUGGAGGCAGGAGGAGAAGAUACAGGAGCAGGAGGAGAAUAUACACAAUCAGGAGGAGAAGAUAAGGGAGCAGGAGGAGAAGAUACACGAGCAGGAGGAGAAUAUACGAGAGCAGGAAAAGAAGAGGCAUGAGCAGGAGGAGAGGAUGCGGAGGCAGGAGGAGAAAAUGUGGAGCCAGGAGGAGAAGAUACGGGAGCAGGAGGAGAAGAUACGGGAGAAGGCAGAAGAUACGGGAGCAGGAGAGAAGAUACAGGAGCAGGAGGAGAUGUGGAGGCAGGAGGAGAAGAUACAGGAGCAGGAGGAGAAUAUGCACAAUCAGGAGGAGAAGAUACGGGAGCAGGAGGAGAAGAUACACGAGCAGGAGGAGAAUAUACGAGAGCAGGAGAAGAAGAGGCAGGAGCAGGAGGAGAAGAUGCGGAGGCAGGAGGAGAAAAUGUGGAGCCAGGAGGAGAAGAUACGGGAGCAGGAGGAGAAGAUACGGGAGCAGGAGCAGAAGAUAUGGAGGCAGGAGGAGAAGAUAUGGGAGCAGAAGGAGACGAUGCGAGAGCAGGAUGAGAUGAUGCGGAAGCAGGAGGAGAAGAUGUGUGAGCAGGAGGAGAAGCUGUUGGAGAAGGAGGAGAAGAUGUGUGAGCAGGAGGAGAAGCUGUGGGAGAAGGAGAAGAAGAUGCGGGAGCAGGAGGAGAAGAUGUGGAGGCAGGAGAAGAAGCUACGGGAGCAGGAAGAGAAGAUGUGGAGGCAGGAGGAGAAGAUACGGGAGCAGGAGAAGAAGAUCUGGGAGAAGGAGGAGAUGAUGCAGGAGCAGGAGGAGAAGAUGUGUGAGCAGGAAGAGAAGAUGUGGGAGCAGGAGGAGAAGAUGCAGAGGCAGGAGGAGAAGAUGCGGGAGCAGGAAAUGAGGCUGUGGCAGCAGGAGGAGAAGAUGCAGGAGCAGGAGGAGCAUCUGAAAGCUGCCAUCUACCGAGCAGAUGACAAGAAGGCAAAAACAAUCUAA